AUGGGAAGGGCCAUCGCCAGCGAUAGUCUGAGUCACAGCCAUGGCAAGAGCAAUGGCGACAACUAUGGAGCUAAAUGCACUAUCGAAGCGACUAAAUUGGCAGGGAACAAGAUACCUUACCACUAUGGGAACCGCUACAUCGUCGGCGUCCUCAAGGAACUGCUCUCGGAGGCACUCGCCUCGUAUGACGAGCUGAUCAGCGGCGGAUACGACAAGAAAUUCAACACGUACGCGGACGCCGUCGUGCGAAGCGGGACAAAGGUGGUGGAGAGGAGGACAUCGCGUUCGAGAACGUCCUCCACCUGUCAAGCCGCGCUCCAACCGACGAGCACCGCGCAAACCACCGAUGGGACUACCACUUCCCCGUCCCGCACGGCUACGAAGGAGGGCGCCAUCAAUCCCAGGCAGGUUGUGGAUAAGACCUACAAGGCCCUCAAGAGCCUGGGGACCGACCUCGAUGAUGUGGCGGAUACGACCAGCAACGGGCUCUACGACGCCAAUGACGACGACCUCGUUGACGGCAUCAUCACUCCCGGCACUCCUAGUCCCGGAGGCGGUGGGAAGAUGGCCCAGAUCGUUGACACGGCCGACGAGCGGGCCUACCAGAAGUGCAAGGGCAUCAUGCUCACUUUUCUAGCAGUUAAUUAUCUUCUUCCUCAUCCCCAUCACCGGCAAGAUGGCGGGUGCCGUCGCGUUGCCAGCCGCCUCGCCGCCCCGCUGAGUGCGGCGGACGAGCUAGCGCUUGACAUAUACGGCGUCGUCGUCGCUGUCCGGGCCGAGAUAAGCAUCGUUGUUGAAGGCUUAGAGAUUGACAACCCAGUCGACGGUGCCAGCAAAGUUCAUCCCGGACCAGUGCGUGCGCCGGGUGUCCUUGGUGGUCUAGCCCAUUAA